AUGAAUCCGGCGCUGGGCAACCAGACCGACUUGGCGGGCCUGUUCCUGGCCAACAGCAGCGAGGCGCUGGAGCGCGCGGUGCGCUGCUGCACCCAGGCGUCCGUGGUGACCGACGACGGCUUCGCCGAGGGUGGCCCGGACGAGCGCAGCCUGUACAUCAUGCGCGUGGUGCAGAUCGCGGUCAUGUGCGUGCUCUCGCUCACCGUGGUCUUCGGCAUCUUCUUCCUCGGCUGCAACCUGCUCAUCAAGUCCGAGGGCAUGAUCAACUUCCUGGUGAAGGACCGGAGGCCGUCGAAAGAAGUGGAGGCGGUGGUCGUGGGGCCCUACUGA